AUGAAGAAAUGUACCACGAAGUUUUUGUAUGGUGUUUCGGUGGCCGAUAUUAUAAAACAAACCGUGAAUGAUUGUAUAUGUGAAAAACUAUUGCCUGGAUACGUGUUUUUGGAUAAGUACCAGUUAUAUUACAAUGCACAGACUGGUUAUUAUUACGACGCAAAUACAUCAUUGUUUUAUCACGCGGAAACUCGAUGUUACUACUAUUAUGAUGAGCAGAGUUCUUCCUAUGUCUUUCAUUCGAGGCCAUUGGCUGAUCAUGUAUGGUCAACAAAAACUGCUAAACGACAUGCUCAGAUUAUUUUCGGUGAACUAUACAUGAAAGGAAUGUCUCAAGAUGAAGUUGAUGUAUUUGAAUGUAUAUGUGAAAUAAUUGAAACGCUUUGCAAGUCGACUGAUUUAUCAAAUGGAGUUUCUUGCGAUGAAAUUCUUUUAAAUGAAUUCGAGAAUGAAAUUGAAUCAAUGAUUGAAGAAGAAAGAAUACGGUACGCUGCAUGUAUUCGCUUGAUCGAAGUUUCAAAUGCAUCUAAAUUACACAUAGUUACAAUGAAUGGUGCCAAUAUUGGUAAUCUUCAUGAUUGUGAUGUAACGAUAAGCAGUUCUGUGGAUGAAAAAUCUGAAGUUUUUGCUCGUAUUGAUUAUCUGGACGAAAAUAGCCAAUAUGUUAUCACUGCGAUGAGUGAAUAUAAUCCACUUAUGGUGAAUGGUGAAUAUAUAAGUAAAGGCAGUAAUGUAGUGGUUAAUCAUUUCGACGAAUGGAAGAUUGGGAACAAUGUUUUAGUAGCACAUAUCCAUUAUGGUAGCAAUACAUGCACAAGCUGUGAGCCUGGGUUAUUGGCUGUGAGCAAUAAGCCAAAUGCUAAAAAUUUUGUGAACAAGAAGGUUUCUUUGGAAGUAUCAAGGAGACGAACAAUGAAACAAUUGAAAGCUGAAUAUGGGCUUUUGGACAUGGAUUAUAUUGUAUCUCCUUCCGUAAAGAGUAAUCUAAGGGAGUCGAAUGGGAGUAAUGUCAAUGUGAAAACUUCAAUUUAUAAACACUGUCAAGCAAAACCAUUGCCAGAAAAAUUGCAUUUUUUACUAUCGCAAAAAACACCAUCCGUUGAAGCACCCAUUGAUAAAUCGAAUAAGGGUUACAAACUUCUGCAGACAAUGGGAUGGAAUAGCGGAGAAGGUUUAGGUCGUUAUCGACAAGGAGGCACUGAACCAAUUAUCAACAUUAAACGGACCGGUAGAGCAGGUCUUGGGUCUUUAGAAAAAGAUAAGCGGACAGAGCCUUCAAAAAAGAUUAAGAUUGCAAAGAUUACGAAGGAACGUUUUGAUGCAAUCGUGGACUAA